UUCACUGAAAUGUUACACCGCGGGUGUCCGGAUGGGCACGAGUUCAGAAUUUCUCUGCCAUUUGCCAGAGAAUCGAUUGUCUUUUUGCGGAAUUUAAGAAUGUCGUCAUCGUUUGUUUUUGAUCGACUAUAAUAUAAUCCCCCACCAGUCUCACCUAUAUCCAGGCAUUGAAACAUCGUGAAGAUAGUCACGUGGAAACAAGAACAAACCAUUCACGACAAGUCGAUUCGCUGGAUUUUGAGUGCGAUCAUUAGUGGUUAUAGAAAGAACGAUGAUUAAUUAUUCAAAAAAUAUUGUAUUCGAGUGUUUAAGUGCUGGUGACACAAACGUUACUCUAACCGGCUAUAUCGAUCACAUCCAAGGGCGUAAAUGGUUUAGGAACGAGAAAAAAACAGCCCGUAUCUUUCGAAUUGACGAUACAAAGGGGAUCAAAAUUGAGGUGUACGUUUGGGAAAAGCAGAUAAUGUUGUGGGAGUCUCAUAUUACGCUAUACAAGAAUGUAACGAUUACACGAGGUUCAAUCAAAGUGACUCCCAUUACAAAUCGUGGUGGCGAGUCAACACUCGCGUUCCACCUUGAAUCAUUUUCAGAAAUCCAUUCCCAGGGGACCUACAAUCCCCAAAUUCGUGACUCCAUAGAGUCUCUUAAAGAAAUUCAAUUGACUUUUCUCGGUGUCUACUCCAUGCUGCAAUCCCCACGCAGGGACAGCAUAGAGGAGGGUAGAGGUAACUAUGCUGUUGUACAGGGUGAUGAGGGUCUCCCAGGCACUAGCACCCACUCGAGCAAGUCCGGAGACGGUUGCGCUGGUGGCAGCCUUCGCCUUGGCGAUGGCGGCCAGAGCAACGGAAGCCCCCAGUGCAGUCCUACAUAA